AUGGACACAAUGGAAGUUGAGAAACAAGUCACAGAUGUUGUAAUGAUGGAGCAAAAACCGCAGAAAGAGGGUGACACUUCAACACUUGAUAGUUAUGUAGUGUCAUCGACUAUAACUACUUCCACUCGUCCUCCAUACGAUUAUACAGAGUAUUUUACAACGGAGACGGUUUUUCCAUCCGAUGAAGCAUUGGUAGAUAGGAUAACAUGCACUGGUAAACAACACGGGUUUUUCUUUGUGAUUAAGGGUUUUGAGAAAUGUAUUAAGAAUCGCACACCUUGGAUGAGGUUUUCAUGUGAAAGAAGCGGUAAGUAUAGGCCAUUUGUGAAGAAGGUUGAUGGGAAGGAGGUAGCUGUGAAGAAGAGAGUGCAGUCCACGGGCACCAAAAAAUUGGUGUACUUGGAGGGUCAUUCGUAUGCCGGGAGGUUGUCAGCAGAGCAGACUAGCACGGUGGUUGAUUUGUCAGUUGCUUUGGUGAAACCCAGAGAAAUCCUAACCCAUUUGAAGGUUCAAGAUCUUAAGAACGUAACGUCUAUCAAAAUCGUAUACAAUGGAUGA